CCACUGCUGCCCUUCAGUACUCCCACAUCAGAACCUCACUGCUUUCUUCUGUUUGACUUAACUCUUCGUCGUUAAAUCCCUCCUGCUUUCUCGAUUUGAAGCGGCAGAAAAUGGCUGGUGAUAAGACGAACGUGCAGGCUUCAUCUCCACUGGAGGUGAACGGUCUCGGACCCCUUGACCAGAAGCUUGCUAUGGCAAAGCGAUAUGGCCAUGAGGGAGUGGUGGCAGGAGCACGAGCAGCUGUGGUGGCUACCAUUGCUAGUGCAAUUCCUACUUUGGCAAGUGUGAGGAUGUCACCAUGGGCAAAGCGCAACCUCAACCCCACAGCUCAGGCUCUCAUUGUUUCCUUAGUGGCUGGCUCAGCGUACUUCAUAGUGGCAGACAAGACGGUCUUGGCCACUGCAAGGAAGAACUCUUUCGAGCACUUCCAUCCUUGA